AUGGAAUGCAAACCGAGCAGAGGCAGAGGAGGCACCUGGAGAAGAGGUGGUGGCCGAGGUGGAAACGACGGCGACAGUUUUGGCGGUGACCACAGGGGAAGAGGGAGAGGAGGCCACCACCGCGGCCGGGGCAAGAGAGACCACUACCGGGGCCGUGGACGCGGAGGGGCACCCCGUCCAGCGGACUUCCAUCACCGGGCUCAAGAUGAAGAGGAUAACUUUCACGAGGAGGAUGACAGGAUGGAAGUUUUCUCCAGGAGGAAGCUGGAGUCAAACUGGGACCGUUAUGCAGAGUCAGAGAAGGAGGGGCCCGCUGAUGACACGCCCGCUCACAGAGGAACCGACUACCAUGUCUUGCUGGAGUCUGCAGGGGAUUCCUUCACUCAAUUCCGCUUUUCAGAAGAAAAAGACUGGGAGAUGGACUCAUUUGCAGCCAGUCAGAUGUCUGCAGUGUUUGUGGACCUUCCUGCACUGGCCCAGAGCCUUCAAGAAGUGCCUCUCCAUCAGAGACUCAACCUGGAGGCUGAGCUGGUUCAGGUCUCAACACCAGUAGAGUUGCCCACUAUGACCCUCCCGCCUAAACAGGAGACGCCCAAAACUGCCACAUUCACUCCUUCGUCCACAAGUUUCAAAGUCCCUAGCACCAACCAGAAAGUCCCCGUGGCUUCAAACCCAGUGUCAGUAUCUGGAUUGGACUCUCAGGUUUCCUCGAGUGCUGCCAAGUCACCGGUGGAUGAUGCUGACGAAGAGCUGGACCAGCUGCUUAGUUUAGAGAAACCAGUUUCAGGAAACCAAUCGGUCAUGGUUGCAGAUGAGAAGAGUGAUGGUCAAGAGAAAGCGUGUGAGGAAGUGGUACCGGAGGUGAUAGAAGAGAAGAUGGAGGAGGUGAGAGACAAAGACGUCACGCCUCCCAAGUCUGCUUCCAUCAAACAGGAAAUGACAGAGGAGGACCUGGAGGACUGGCUGGACAGCAUGAUCUCCUGACAGUGUUGAUUAAAGAACAAAAAGAAGAGGUAUACAAAGGAACCUGAACAUUAGAAUUUAAAGUUGUAAAUCCUUUAAAAAAAAAAAAUCACUCCUGGUUGAUUUGGCAACAACCGGGGUUACCAUGGUAACAAAGUGUGGUUUAAUAGUGCAGCAAACACUGCUUGAGCUUCAGAAAUACACAACAGCAACUGAUGCUUCAGUUUACAGAGCAGCCAAAUUAACUUCUGUUUAAAAAAUGC